AAUCAAAAUCACAAGAAGAAAAUCAGACACAUUCCACACUUUGACAGACGACGUGGAUUUUGUUGCUCUCCGUACACCGAUAAAUAUGCCGUUUGUCGAAUUGCAGAGCAAUUUACCAGCAAGCUCAUUCUCGGAGGAUUUCCUGAAAAAGCUAUGUACAUUCGCUGCGGAUGUUUUGGGAAAGCCACUUGACAGAAUGCACUUGAUUGUGAAGCCGGGGUUACCAAUGAUGAUGGCAGGAACUUGCACUCCCUGUGUGGUGUUGUCAAUAUCUGCUAUCGGGGUAACCGACACUGCUGACAAGAAUAAGGAGCACAGUGCCAAGCUCUUUGAGUUUCUAACCAAAGAGCUUGCUCUGACUGAAGACAGGAUUACCCUUCAGUUCCACAGUUUGCAGCCUCACCAGGUUGGAAAGGCCGGAACAGUUAUGAGCUUUCUAUAAAGCAGUCUAUAAAUGUGAGACAAAACAAAAGUUUUAAGCAGUUGAUAUAAGUUUUAUUCAAAAUGUUGUGUGAACAAAGAAUAUUAAAAUUGUUCAACACCUAAAAACUCAA